GUGGUGGCCCCACAGGAGGCUCCCUGGGCUUCUGCGUACUUGAGGGCUCGGGACGCUGAGGCCCAGGGCCAGGAGGGCGCCAAGGGGGCCGACCCUUCCUGCGUCUCCUCAGCGGACGGUGCGAAUGGCGGUGGCCAUGUCGACCAACCUGGCCCGGGGCCUGAUGGCCUUUGAGGACGUGGCUGUGUACUUCUCCAGGGAGGAGUGGGGGCUCCUGGAUGCAACCCAGAGGGCCUUGUACCGCCAGGUGAUGCUGGAGAACUUCGCACUAGUGGCUUCCCUGGGACUUGCUACCUCCAGACCUCAUGUGGUUAUUCAGCUCCAGCAUGGUGAGGAGCCAUGGGUUCUUGGCGGGAGGGAUAUGGACCCAGCCAGGAACUCCCCAAGAAGGCCAAUCCCUGGGUCACGGCUUAUAGCAAAGGACCGAAGUGUUUCUGGAGAAGCAGCACCGUCAAGGACCUUCCCCAGGGGUCUCCCUCGGCCUUUUCCUCCUCAGAUCAUCCCUGCUGCUGGUGCCAGUGAACAUGGAAAAAUCCUGCAGAGUUCGCAGGUCACCUCCCCGUCUUGGCAGAGAAAGCCCAUGGGAGUGUCAGUUAUAUACUGGGAAAAGCUCCUGCUAGGCCCUGGCAACAGUGACACCAAUGUAAGCCUGCGGCUGACUUCCCCUCUGAGGGUUCCUGAGGGGGGCCCGCCCCAGGGAAAGGUCCUCACAGACCGCUCUGUGUCAGCCAGACUGCCUGGUGUGUUGGAGCAACAGAAGCCUUGUGUCCGGGAGUCCUCUGGAAGAACCUUCCCAAGAAUCCCAGACUUGGAGGUCAGUCACACUGAUGGGGAACCGGGAAUAGGCACAGCCACAACUUGGCAUGGGCCUCGGAGACUCUCUCCUGGGCAGGAGCCGGCAACCUGGGACAAUCUGGGCGAGGUCUUUCAGACUGGCACAGAUCUCCUUUCAGGGGAGAAGGCCUUUGAGUGCAGGGCAUGCAGCAAGGUGUUUGUGAAGAGCUCUGACCUGCUCAAGCACCUGCGCACGCACACAGGGGAGCGGCCCUAUGAGUGUGCACAGUGCGGCAAGGCCUUCAGCCAGACAUCACACCUGACACAGCACCAGCGCAUCCACAGUGGUGAGACACCUUAUACAUGUUCGGCCUGUGGCAAGACCUUCCGGCACAGCUCUUCACUAGUGAGGCACCAGCGCAUCCACACGGCUGAAAAGGCCUUCCACUGCAGUGAGUGUGGCAAGGCCUUCAGCCACGGCUCCAACCUCAGCCAGCACCGCAAGAUCCAUGCAGGCGGGCGGCCCUAUGCCUGUGGUCAGUGUGGCCGCCGCUUUUGCCGCAACUCACAUCUGAUUCAGCAUGAGCGCACGCACACUGGUGAGAAGCCCUAUGCUUGCACGCUCUGUGGUGCAGCUUUCAGCCAGGGCUCCUCACUCUUCAAGCACCAGCGUGUGCACACAGGUGAGAAGCCUUUCACAUGCAAGCAGUGUGGCCGGGCUUUCAGCCACAGCUCCAACCUUACCCAGCACCAGCUGCUGCACACUGGUGAACGGCCCUUCCGCUGCGGGGACUGUGGCAAGGCCUUUGCCAAGGGUGCUGUGCUGCUUAGCCACCGGCGUAUCCACACAGGCGAGAAGCCAUUCGUGUGUGGGCAGUGUGGCCGGGCCUUCCGAGAGCGUCCAGCCCUCUUUCAUCAUCAGAGGAUACACACUGGUGAGAAGGCCAUGCGGCGGUCCCAGGUCCGCCCUCAGGCCAGGGACAGUAUUCAAGGGAAGGAAACUGGGGCCAGUUCUGCCUCAGAAGUCAGGUUUGCAGUCUCAAACCCAUGUGAGAACUGAGUUCAUCUCUCUGGCCUCUUGUGACUCACUUCCACGGCUAAGGCUCCCAUGUUUUCUCAGUACCACACCUAGGAGGAGAAGUGCUCUGUGAUUCUACGCAUGGCAACAAGAUUUGCCAUUGUAUUCACAACUUCUCUAUCCCCACGAGGUUACUAUGCAGGAACAUGAGAGGGAGAGACUUGGCUGUCAGCACUUUGAAAGACUGAUACUUGGCAGUCCACUAUUGAACGUGGCAACACAAUGCCACAUCCUACUUGUCAUGGAAACUGAGGUGAGGAGGAUGGAGGUGACCCAGGUCUACACAAACUGGCUGCUGUGCUGACACCUCAGUUUCUUUAAGGUUUUUUGAGUAUUUUUAGCCAGCCUGUUCCAGGCACACAAGGGCCUGGGAACCAGACUCAUGGACAAGAAAUGGUAGGGAACAUGUACUUGGUGCUUGGAAAAGUAAUCGUGCUCUGAACCUAAGCUUCCUUUCUUGAGGCAAGGAUGGAAAAGAUACAAGCCUACAGAGAGGGUAUUUACAGACAUUGUGAUAUUCAGGAUUUUCAUAAGAGCCAGUGCGUGCCAAUUGUAAGGCCCUGUCUGAGCGCCAUUAAAUUCCUGACACCCCUGGGAAAUACUGCUGUGGUUGGCGUUCCCACUCCUCAAAUGAGGAAAAAGGCAUAUAGAGGGAUACAGUUGAGCCAGCCACCCAGCCCCCCUACCCCCCCACCCCACCUCGCCCAGCCCACCAUCUGGACCGUCAGCUUUCAGCCCUCACAUGCUAUUCUGCCAGCUGGGCUGUGGGAACUGGGCAGGACCUUCCUUGGUUCCUGAGUUGGCAGACCCACCAGAGGUAGAAUUGGAGUGUAGGAGUAACAGAUCAAGUGUGAAGACUUCUCCAAGGCUCAAUGUUGAAUGUAUCUUGUUUCUGGAGUCUUGUGUCUUUCAGACAAGUGGUGACUGUAAUGAUUGUUCCAGAUGACAAGUUGGGGCCAUUUCUGCAUGAUCUGGUGACCCUUACAUUCACCUGUGCUCAUCCCUCAGAGGUGAGGAGUGUUAACCUACCUCAUGAAACUGAGGCCACUUGUGAUGCCAUCCCAGGAGCUCAGACCCUGCCCUGCCCCAGUGUCACUCCAGCAGUGGGAGCAGUACUCAUAAGGAAGUUAAAGCUUGGAAUGAAUGUACAUUGUAAAUGUUUGCAUAGCACUGGAACUCAGUCCCUCAACCUCCAGUCCAGCUCCAGAAGACUUUUAGAGGGUUUAAAUGAGUCUAUAGAAGCUCUGAUAAAAAAAAAAUUUCCUUUUGAAAACGUGAAAAGUAAUAGCCUGGUACUUAGCACAGUACACACAUGACAGUGGGGUGUAUCUUUGUCAGAGAAUUGCGGGCCCACAGGGCAGAGCUGCAGCUUGUCUGUACACUCACAGGUGGGCUCCAGCCACAAGAUGCAACAGGGCAGACAGCAUGACUCCUGAAGACUGAUUCUCCCAACCCCCACCUUGUGUUCUAGUCUCACCCUUUCCAGAACUCCAGAGCCU